AUGGAACCACCUUUGAACUCAACCAUGCCCUUCAAAGUCCCGCCAACCUUCAAGUCGUUUACAUUGGCCCUAGUUCAGCUAGGAAACGUCGGCGCCAACAAAUCCGAUAAUUUACGCCAUGCACGGGAAAUGGUGCUCAAAGCAGCCAGUAGGCGGGCAGAUCAACAGAAACCAAGUAUAAUCGUACUCCCUGCAUGCGAGUGCUUUAACUCACCAUACGGGCAUGUCCACUUCCCGGUAUAUGCAGAGGAAAUUGGAUACACGCCCGGCACACCGUACGACAUCGCGAAGAGCACGAGUGAGUCCGUCAAAAUGCUCUCCGAAGUCGCGAAAGAAACGAAAUCGUGGCUUAUUGGUGGCUCCAUCCCCGAGAAAGAUGACACCGACGGCAAGAUAUACAAUACCUGCACCGUGUACUCUCCUGCUGGGGAACUCGUCUGCAUGCAUCGCAAAGUUCACCUAUUCGAUAUAGACAUUCCGGGAAAGAUCACAUUCAAGGAAAGCGAGACUCUCACCGGAGGGAAGUCGAUGAACUUCUUUGACACUGAAUUUGCACGUAUCGGACUUGGGAUUUGCUACGAUGUUCGCUUCCCAGAGCUUGCGAUGAUCGCUGCCCGCAGAGGUUGUCACGUUCUAGUAUAUCCAGGCGCCUUCAACCUGACUACAGGGCCCCUUCACUGGGAGCUAUUGCAAAGGGGGCGAGCUGUAGACAAUCAAGUCUUCUUCUCCAUGUGCAGCCCGGCGCGAGACCUCACUGCAGGGUAUCAUGCCUGGGGGCACUCUAUGGUGGUGGAUCCGAUGGGACUGAUCCUCUCCGAGGCUGGUGAAGAUGAAACCAUCAUUUAUGCAGACAUCGAUCCUGAGACUUUCAAAACAGCCAGAGCUGGUAUACCUGUAACGACCCAAAGGCGGUUUGAUGUAUAUCCCGAUGUUAGCGUCGCUUGA